AGUUACUUCGUGCUGUUAUUUUAAUAGAUGGUGGUAAAAUUUGGAUUAUUAGAUGAAACAAGAUUGAAUCAUGUACUGACAUCAAACAUCAUAAAAUCCAGCCCUACACCCCUCUGUCAUGAUCCCUUUUCCUUCAUAAACCCCAAACUCUUCUCAAUUACUUUGCCCCACCAAACUUGGCUUUAUCGUCUCAUCCCUUUCCUUUAUAUAGUGCAUAUUGCAUUGUCUUAUAAGCACUUUUCUCAUCAUCUUCACUACCCAUUUCUUGCUCUAAUCAAAUCCAUUACAUUUUCUGAUAUCAUGACCGCCAUGGAGAAGAGGCUCAUUCCAUCCGACUUCGAUGAUGACCGGAUUUUUUAUCUCCACGUUGACCCUCUUGCUAUCAUACAUGAGCUGCCAUCCCUCUUCUAUAGGAAAUACAGACCCCUUCUUGGUGAAAGGAUGAUUGUGAUGGAUCUCAACAACAACCAAAUAGAGCUUUCUCUAUGCAAAGGUAACUCUUCCGGCUAUAUUGUACAUGGUUUUGAAAACUUGGUCAAUUUCUUUGUCCUUUCAUUGGGAGGGGGGAUAAAAAUAAUGUAUGUAGGCGAAGAUGUCUUUAUUGUGAUGAAGGUCAAAGACAGCUUCAUGGCUACCAAAGAACUUUCUUAUCCAUAUCCUAAGUUAGUUAGCAACUAUUAUCAUUUGACACAUGAAUCUACAUUAAGAGAGGUACUUAUGGGUUUUUGUCAACCAAUUAUUUUCAACCCAACCCACUAAGAAAAUGCCACAAAAAAACUGUCCACCCAAA